UGGCCUGUCCGGCCCCGCCCCCGCCCCGGGCCAUGGCCCAGCCCUUGUCCCGGCCCCUCGUCCUAUCCCGAUCCCCGCCUUGGCCCCCAGUCCCGCCCUCGCCCCGCUUCCCAAAUCGGCCCCAACACCUGCCUGGGUCUCCAUCCAGGACCCCCUUCCAGUCCCUGCCCCUAGCCUGGCCCCCAUCCCGGCCUCGGCCCUCGUUCCACCCCCUGUCACAAAUCUCAGCCCAGGGCCUGUCCCAACCCCAUUCCCAGUGUUUGCUUAAGGCCCUGGCUCAGCCCGGUCCCUUGCUGCAGUCCCCAUCACAGCCCCUCCUUCCAUCCCACUCCCUGCCCUUGUUCAAGCCCCAGUGUCCAGCCCAGCCCAACCCAUUAUCUCAGCUUUUGCCCUCAUCUCUGUGUUUACCCAAGUCUCUCCCGCUAGUCCCCCCAAUCUCUUAUACUCUGCCCCUCUCCCAGCCUAGACUCAAGUCUGGGUUUCAGCUGCCGCCAGCCCUAUUGCUGCUGUUGCUGUUCUCUGUCCUUGGCCCGGGGGCUGGAGGCCUUUUCCUGACUGAUUACUCCACCUGCUCACCCCGCAAGCUGAGUCCUUUCCGCUCCUUUGCCAGCACCGAGCUCUUCCACUUCCAUGUUCCCGAGGACACAUUCCUGGCUGUUUGGAACCUCAUCAUCUUCAAGGAGCAAGGGGGAACCUUUGGGGACCACUGCCCAGACCAAAGUGUGACUGUGUAUUUCCGGUCCGGGGCACCCCCUGUCAUCAAUCCCCUGCAUACACACUUCCCAGGGGACACAGCUGUGCCUGGGGUUUUCUCACUGACCCUCAGCUGGACACUGCCCAACCGCACCUCAGGCAUCUUUAACGUCAGCAGCCCCUUACCUGGGGACUGGUUCUUGGCUGCCCACCUUCCCCAGGCCCAUGGCCACAUCUCUGUCAAGGGUCUCCAGGAUGAGUGUCAGUACCUCCUUCAGCCCCAGCUGAUUGUCCGGCGUUUGCUGGACGUUGCUGUACUGGUUCCUGGCCGGCCCUCAGAGCAAACCCUCUCCCCACACAAUCGCUCAGCGCUCUACAAGGUCUUUGUGCCCAGCUUCACUUACAGGGUUUCAGCACAGCUGGCGUGUGUGGGGGGCCGCGGGGUAUCUGCCUGCCCCCUGUCACUGCGUCUGCGUCCCAAAGCCCCACCCCUGCACAACUCAAGCUCUGUGUCCUGUGGAGGUGCCUCGGGAUGCCAGCUGGAGCUGGCACUGCCCCCCUGGGGGCACUGGGUCUACGUGCGUGUGGAAACAUCAUCCCGGGGCCCUGGUAGGACCAUCCGCUUCCAGCUAUGUGUGCGGUUGCAAGAGUGCCCACAGCCCGGCCUGCUUCGAGCCCUGGUCCCUGGAGCUGCCAUGAACAUGCCCCAGUCACUGGGCAACCAGCCACUGCCCCCAGAGCCACCAUCCCUUGGAACCCCUGCGGAGGGGCCUGGGACCACAUCCCCACCCGAGCACUGCUGGCCAGUGCGCCCGACUCUGCGCAACGAGCUGGACACCUUCUCUGUCCACUUCUACAUCUUCUUUGGCCCCAGUGUGGCCCUUCCCCCUGAGCGCCCAGCCGUGUUCGCCAUGAGGCUGUUGCCAGUGCUGGACAGUGGAGGCGUCCUCAGCCUGGAGCUCCAGCUCAACGCGAGCUCCGUGCGCCAGGAAAACGUGACGGUAUUUGGAUGCUUGACCCACGAGGUGCCCUUGAGCCUGGGGGAUGCAGCAGUGACCUGUUCCAAAGAGUCCCUGGCCGGCUUCCUCGUCUCCGUCAGUGCCACUACCAGGGUUGCCAGGCUGCGAAUCCCAUUCCCGCAGACGGGGACCUGGUUCCUGGCCCUUCGCUCCCUGUGCGGGGUGGGGCCUCGGUUCGUGCGGUGCCGCAACGCGACGGCCGAGGUGCGGAUGCGCACCUUCCUGUCCCCAUGCGUGGACGACUGCGGGCCCUAUGGCCAGUGCAAGCUGCUGCGCACACACAACUAUCUGUACGCAGCCUGCGAGUGCAAGGCUGGGUGGAGAGGCUGGGGCUGCACCGACAGUGCAGAUGCGCUCACCUAUGGAUUCCAGCUGCUGUCCACACUCCUGCUCUGCCUGAGCAACCUCAUGUUUCUGCCACCUGUGGUCCUGGCCAUUCGGAGUCGAUAUGUGCUGGAAGCUGCUGUCUACACCUUCACCAUGUUCUUCUCCACGUUCUAUCAUGCCUGUGACCAGCCAGGCAUCGUGGUUUUCUGCAUCAUGGACUACGAUGUGCUGCAGUUCUGUGAUUUCCUGGGCUCCUUAAUGUCCGUGUGGGUCACUGUCAUUGCCAUGGCUCGUUUACAGCCCGUGGUCAAGCAGGUGCUGUAUUUGCUGGGAGCUAUGCUGCUGUCCAUGGCUCUGCAGCUUGACCGACAUGGACUCUGGAACCUGCUUGGACCCAGUCUCUUCGCCCUGGGGAUCUUGGCCACAGCCUGGACAGUACGCAGCGUCCGCCGCCGGCACUGCUACCCACCCACGUGGCGCCGCUGGCUUUUCUACUUGUGCCCGGGCAGCCUUAUUGCAGGCAGCGCCGUCCUGCUUUAUGCUUUUGUGGAGACCCGGGACAACUACUUCUACAUUCACAGCAUUUGGCAUAUGCUCAUUGCGGGCAGUGUGGGCUUCCUGCUGCCCCCUCGUGCCAAGACUGACCACCGGGUUCCGUCUGGAGCCCGGGCCCGGGGCUGUGGUUACCAGCUAUGCAUCAACGAGCAGGAGGAGCUGGGCCUCGUGGGCCCAGGAGGGGCCACUGUCAGCAGCAUCUGUGCCAGCUGAGAGGGGCUUUGGGCCUGGCCCUGGGGGAUAUGGACGCUUCCUAGAGUUCUUUCUGGGGGCGUGGAGCCCUCUUAGAAGGAGACAGGCUGUAUUUCUUGAGGACAUGGAGUCUUUCUCAAGGACACAGAACUCUUCCAGGGACCUGGAGCCCUUCCCAGGACAUGGAGAACUUCCUGAGGGCCUGGAGUCCCCCUGCAUCAUGGGUCCUUCUUAAGGACUGGAGCCUAUGCAGGCACAGAGCCCCUCAGGACCAAGGAGUCCCUCCUGCAGGUGUGCAGCCUUUCCUGGGAUACGGAGCCUUCCCAAGACAUGGAUUUCUUCCCAGGGAGACAAACCCCUGUCAGGAACACGGAUCAUUCCAGAGGAGGUGGAGUCUCUCUUGGGGAAACCAAAUUUCCAGAUUUUCCCAGAGGCUCAGCAACUCUGGCCUCAGGCUCCCUUUCCAGAGGCAGCGUCUGGGCUGUGCUGUGCUGCGGAGGAGGGAUUGCGGGAUGGAUGAAGCUGGGACUGGGGCUGUCUGGGUGGCUGGUAUCCUCGUUUGAUACAGGUGGAGUCUGUGUGUCUCCAAUGAAUGAUUGGUUCAGAAUG